AUGGCCAAAAGGUUGACCUUCCGUGUCGACAACAUCCCAAACAGUGAUACCAAAGAACUAGAACAUAUUAUAAAGUCCUUUGCUGAGCAGGACCCAGACUUGCAGAGGGCUGUUGCUACCAUGACUUGUCACCGUUUGACACCAAGGGACAAGCACUUCGCCUGUGCUACCAUUUCUAUUACCACUUUACUAUCCGGUGAGGACCUAUGUGCCCGUCUAGGCCGAUCUAGUAAGGGUUCCCAAUACAUCUUUACCUGUAGAUUUGAUGGAAUCACACCACUCUAUGAGGACGAGAACGGAGCAGAUGUCGACAUCAUUGCCAUCCCAGGCCUAGGAAGCCACGCUCUUGGUUCUUGGAAAUCCACAGACAGCGAUGAAGUCUGGCUACGCGACUUCCUGCCAAAUGACCUGCCUAAUAUCCGAGUACUGCUAUACGGUUAUGAUACAACAUUACCAGGUAGCUUAUCGAAGCAAUCUAUCGAAGACCUCGGUGGUACCUUGCUAGUACAUAUCACUGCCUUUCGAGCGAAUGAUGGUACUUCUAAACGUCCGAUAGUCCUUAUUGGCCACAGCCUUGGUGGCUUACUGAUCAAAGAGUUACUUAUUCGUGCCCGUCGAAGACGAAGUACCACGGAAUCUGAUCUAUCUCAAGCAUGUUAUGGACUACUUUUCUUCGGCGUACCAAAUCUGGGCCUCCGAAAUGAACAGCUGAGGACGCUUGUCCAGGGCCAGCCAAAUAAGGCAUUGAUCGACGACUUGCUCGUCGACAAUGACUCAGAGCCUUCAACCUUCCUAAAGAGGCUUGCCGACCAGUUUUCUGACAGUUGCAAGGACUAUUACCAUGUAGUCACGUUCUUCGAGCGCACUCUUAGUCCAACCUUGGAGCUUACUCAAGAUGGAAAGUGGAGCAAAACUGGCCACCCAUAUUUACUAGUCUCUGAAAAGUCAGCUACAAGCACAGGCUUAGUGGCAGUGAUAGAUGAGGAUAACAUUGCCCUUAAUACAGAUCAUUCAGGCCUUGUGAAGUAUAGCUCCAGGAGCCAAGGUGAUUAUCCUAUUGUGAGGGAACGAAUUAGAAGAAUUGUUAGUGAGGCGAAGGCUGAAGUCGCUAAACGUUUCUCUGAGCAUUAUCUAUACCUACCUCUAUCAGACACAGUUCAAGCAUGCCUUAAGUCACUAGCUUUCGACGAAAUAGAAAGCCGGCAGUUUGAGGUUGAAGACGCUACCAUUGGCACAUGUAAAUGGCUUCUCAGCAACGAAACUUUGAUAUACUGGACUCGUCAACAUCGAGGGUUGCUCUGGAUAAGAGGCAAGCCUGGAUCUGGAAAAUCAACACUUAUGAAAUAUGCUCUUCGAGAGAUCCCUGCCAUUUAUGAUGCAAAUACUAUGGUAAUUUCUUUCUUUUUCCAUGGACGGGGCCAAGAACUUCAAAAAACCCCAUAUGGGCUCUACCGAUCUCUCAUACAUCAGUUACUCAGGUGUGUACCAGGUGCACUUACUGAUCUAAUCGACUAUUUUGAGAACCAGCGAAAGACAAUUGGCGAGCCUGGAGAUAAGUGGAAGUGGGAGCUACAGCAACUACAGGCUUUCUUGAAGUCAUCACUUAUAAGAAUUUUGAAAACGCGUUCAGUUCUCUUAUUUAUUGAUGCGCUCGACGAGUGCGGCGAAGAACUGGCCAUCGAACUGAUCGGACACUUCCACUAUCUGAUUUCAAGUCUCCCAUCAACAAAUGCUCGAUUAGGCAUCAUGUUCUCCUGUCGUGAGUACCCUAUUCUUGAUCUCCGUAAAGGGUCAACUAUAGUGCUACAUAAAGAGAAUAAGGCAGACAUCGCCGCUUUUGUUCGAAAGCGCUUCUCUACAAGCGAUAUAGAUGCUGAAAUACAAGAGGGAAUAUGUAACCGUGCACAAGGUGUAUUCCUAUGGGCGCAUUUUGUUAUUGAACGCCUACUAUAUAUGGAGCGAAACGCGGAACCAAAAGGAAAGAUGAAAGCAGUAGUCGAACGUAUCCCUCAAGGCUUACAUGAACUAUAUCGUCAGCUUAUUCAGGGUAUGAAAGAUCGCCCAGAGGCCUUGAAGCUUAUACAAUGGAUCUGUUUCUCUACAAGGCCUUUGACGACGGUCGAGCUACAAUGGUCUAUGGUAGUUGAUCCUAGCUACGCAUAUGAGACUCUUGACGAGUGUGAACAGUCGGAUGACUUCAUUACCGAUGACUAUAUUAAUAGACGACUCAAGAUCUUGACCUGUGGACUUACAGAAAUCGUACCGUCCAGAAAUGCUCCCGUCGUUCAGUUCAUCCACCAGUCAGUAAAGGAUUUCUUCAUCAAGCAUGGGUUAUUGAUUCUAGAUUCGACGAUGAAAUUUGACAUGGUAGGCCCUGCUGCUCAUUAUCGCCUAUCCCGUUGCUGCAUCCAUUAUCUGAAAAUGGCCAUGAUCUGUCGGUCUAAUAUCUCUGGCUGGUAUAAUAAGUCCGAUUUCCCCUUCCUACACUAUGCCACAACAUCGUGGGUAUCCCACGUUAAGGAAGGCGUGAAGUCGGAAGGAGACUCAAAUGAUCUGAUUAAAUACCUCGACUGGCCGAGAGAGUCUUUGAUUUGGCAAUGGGUAGAGCUAUAUCGAGAAUUUGAUCUCUAUUCCGACAGUACUCCAACUCGUGGAAGCAAUUUGUUGCAUAUAAUUGCCAGAUACGGAUUGACAAAGCUACUCAAUUCUGUUCUGCUUCACAAAGACAAUGUGAAGGUGGAUAUUGAUACUAAAGAUAGAGAAGAUGGCCGAACACCAUUAUCAUGGGCUGCUUCGGGUGGUCACAAUGCUGUUGUCAAGAUGCUCCUUGACACAGGCAGGGUAGACGUGGAUUCCAAAGACACAAACGGCCGGACACCAUUAUCAUGGGCUGCCCGGGAUGGUCAUGUUGCUGUUGUCAAGAUGUUCCUGGACACAGGCAGGGUAGACGUCGAUUCCAAAGACACAAAUGGCCGGACACCAUUAUCAUGGGCUGCUUCGGGUGGUCACAAUGCUGUUGUCAAGAUGCUCCUUGACACAGGCAGGGUAGACGUGGAUUCCAAAGACACAAACGGCCGGACACCAUUAUCAUGGGCUGCCCGGGAUGGUCAUGUUGCUGUUGUCAAGAUGUUCCUGGACACAGGCAGGGUAGACGUCGAUUCCAAAGACACAAAUGGCCGGACACCAUUAUCAUGGGCUGCUUCGGGUGGUCAUGUUGCUGUUGUCAAGAUGCUCCUUGACACAGGCAGGGUAGACGUCGAUUCCAAAGACAAAAACGGCCGGACACCAUUAUCAUGGGCUGUUUUAGGUGGCAGGGUAGACGUCGAUGCCAAAGACACAAAUGGCCGGACACCAUUAUCAUGGGCUGCCGAGGGUGGCCACGAUGCUGUUGUCAAGACGCUCCUGGACACAGGCAGGGUAGACAUCGAUUCCAAAGACUCAGAAUAUGGACAGACACCAUUAUCAUGGGCUGCUGAGGGUGGUCACGAUGCUGUUGUCAGGAUGCUUCUUGACAACGGCAGGGCAGAUGUGGAUAGUAGAAGUGCAAAUAAUUCUACACCAUUAUCAUUGGCUGCUCAGGGCGGUCACGAUGCUGUCGUCAAGAUGCUUCUUGAAACAGGCAAGGCAGAUGUGGAUGCCAAAGACACAAAAUAUGGCCGAACACCAUUAUCAUGGGCUGCCGAGAGUGGUCACGAUGCUGUUGUCGAGAUGCUCCCUGGCAUAGGACCUACUUUUGGAUGA